UGGGAUUAGUCGAGAUGCGCGCAAGCUAGCCCGAACAUCCACGUUAAACUAAAAAAAAAAAAUAGCAGAGGCAGAGGGAGUUUCACCCUUCUCUUUCUCUCCCUCUCUCUCUCUCAUACAGAAAACUUAAAAAUUUCUCCAUUUAGAAUUCAGGGUCUGGUUGUGGAUCUUUGAUGAUACUGAUUGACGAAGGAGGAGGGGUUUCUGCUUUUUAGGGCUCUUAUUUUUUCUCUAGUUAUGGAAACUGUUUAUACCCCCUCUGAAGUUAUAUGAUUAGUGGGCGUGCUUCUCUUGGUCGUUUUGGUACUUAAAUUAUUAGAUUCAAUUUGUUCAAGGAGGCCCAGCAAAAAUUCAAAAAUUACUGAAUUUCUGCUUCUUAGUUUGGUUGCAUGGAGCUGUUUGGAGAAGAGAAUCGAAUGAAAGGAGGAGGAGAAUUGAGAUUUUAGUUUUCUGGAACCUGUCAUUUGUUUUGAUGGAACUGGGAUUUUAAAGAAGGGGAACUCACUGCAUUUUUUACUGGGUUCUUCAGUACUUUUCUUACUUGAAACAUAUAUGAUCGUGUUGUUAGGGAGUAUUGAGUGUUUGCUUUAUUGAGGUUUUUUUUUUUUUUUUUUCCUUUAUUUCGGUGUGUCAAGGUGGUGGUUGUAUAGUGGGGAAGUAUGGAAAAGGAGAUAACAUUUGUUGAGGGCACUGAUAUGCAUCUGGAGGAUGAGUUUUGCCCAGAACAGUCAUUUAGUGUGGAAAUGGAGACUGAAGAGAAUGAAAUUGGAAGUCCAAAGAGUGAAAUUCAAUGUUUCUCAUCAGAAACGGGGGAGGGAAGUAAUGUUGUAUUUUCAAGAGAAGCACCCCUUAUAAGUAAAGAGACAAGAAUUUCUGGUGUUUGUAGCUGUAGUACGAAAAAACUCAAGCCACGUGUGGUUGCGAUGAAGUCUGAGAUUGGCAAUAAGGAGAAUUUUGGACAGGAGAAGAAACUCAGCAGGCAAGAUAGGAUUGAGUUGGGUCGGAUGUUUCAAAGCGCAGUGAGUUGCCAUGACUGGGAGCCUGCUGAGAGCUUGAUAUUGCUGGCUGAUGCACAAACCCUUAAUGAUGCCUUGUGCAUCACGCUGGACUCUAUCUGGUUUUUGAGCACACAGCAAGAACUUGAUGGGAUAACUGGACUGAUUAAGAAGAUUAUAGCCAAUGGCGCUUAUGACUUCACUAGAGCUGCUCUCAGAACUUCUUUUCUUGCUUCAUGUGUUUCUGCCUGCCAGAGCCAAACAAUGCAUCUUGAAGACACAGUCAAUGUAAUGGCCCAAAGAUUGAAGGAGCGACUUCAGGAGUGCAAUGGGGAUGAGGUCUUGAAGGCAGAAGCCAGUGCCAAGGUUCAAAAGUUUACCGAGUGGGCUCUGAAAUGUAUUGGCUUCCAUUCCCGCUGCCAGGUAAAUAGAGACCGAGUGAUUCAAAGCUCAAUUGCUGAGGUUCAACUCCAAUUGUCUGCAUUCAAGACAUUUCUUGAUCUUGCUGGCAAUCAACUCACUGGGAAGGAUUUCACUGAGGCCUUUGAUGCAGCCUGUUUUCCUCUUACUCUAUUUUCCAGUUCAUUCAAUCCUGGCUGGUCAUCUGGGAUAUCAGCAACUGCAAUCCAAGGGUUGCUUGGCAUGUUGGUUGAAGGGGGUGCAGACAAUGUCAACCAGUGUUUCCUUGAAGCCUCUCGUUUCGGAAGUACAGAACUUGUGCGCAUUUUGUUGCAGAUUGCCCAUAGGAACAGCUUGGAUGUUGAUGUUGACUUGGCCCUAGGUUUUGCUUCUCACUAUUGCAAAAUUGGUACAAUGGAAUGUCUUGUGGAAGAGGGCAAUGCUAUAGCCUUCCUGGGUCCUUUGAUGAGAGCAUCUGAAAGGGGUUGCAUGCAGGUUGUUCAGUGGUUUGUGAAAAGGGGUUGCCGUGACAUGGAACUCUGCCUUGCUCUCACGGCUGCGACUUCCAGUAGUCAAGUUGAUGUUGCUGGAUAUCUCCUCCCUCACGUUCCUCAGCAUGUUCUUGCUGCCCUCAGUAUAGAAAUUCUCAAGGCUGCUGGGGAGCGAAGUGGUGGGUCGCUUGAUGGUGUGGCAUUUCUUUUGCAUUCUGAUUUCUUGGGUGAUCCUACUGCUACUUAUGCUGUUGCAGACAGCAUUGCUCGCUCUGAUGAUGAGUCUGUUGCCCCUGAGCUCAAGGCUUUUCUUCGAGAGAACUGGUCAGAGGCAGCUUUCUUGGAUGGAUUAAAGCAAGGACAAGAACAUUACAUGAAUCUCGUGAUGAUUUUGAAUUGGGGUAGAUCGCCUAUAUCCCUAAGGCAUCUGCCAGGCCCUUUAAGAGUGGCAGUUGCUUAUCUGCCAUUGUACAGGGAGUGUGCAGCAACGGCUGGUCGUUUAUUUUCACAGAAACAAAGGGGGCUGCUUGUUGAAGCUGUGAGAAAACUUGGGGGUGGGUCCUCAGAAGAUGUGAGCCAAGGGAAAGAGCUCUUGGCUGUUUUGGAGCAUUACCUUCCUCAAUUUCUGGUUCAUCCCCGCAGGAUGCCCUAGAAGAUCUUGUGUUGUGGAUUUUGACCAGUGAUUCCCCCACCAUAUCUCAUAGAUGCCAUAGACAAUAAAUAUUUCAACUGUGGUUAGGGUGACGGAGCUUUUAAGGUUGUCAAUUUUCCGUCCAUAAUGUGGCCGGCAAAAGUACUAGUUCUCUCUGGAAUUAUUAUACCAUUAUAUCGAUCAUGUGCAUGUUUAACUAUAAUGUGCAAGACAGAGAGCAACUAUGUCACAAAGGGUGUUAUAUGCAUAAUGAAAUGUAUAUUAGCUAACAUAAUCUUUAUAUAAAUAUAUUUUCUUUGCUCUUUCUUAA